GGGUCCCGGCGCCGCGCGGUGCUGCCCGGCAUGGAGCGCCCGUCCGCGACCGGCGCCGAGAGUGCGCGGCUGCUUGGAGUCCGGGGACACAGUCUGUUUCCAGGCCCCCAGGAUGCCCCAGCCCUGCUGCCCCCCAGGAAGGACACGCAGGAGUCGGGGGGGGUCCCGCUGUGCCCUUGCAGCCCGGCCGCCCCCGGCCCCAUCGCAGAGAGGCUCCAAGCACAGAGGCAGCUGAGCAUCGCCUGCAGCGUCUGCUGCAUCUUCAUGGUCGGGGAGGUGAUAGGCGGGUACCUGGCGCACAGCCUGGCCAUCAUGACGGACGCAGCCCACCUGCUGACAGACGUGGGCAGCAUGGCCGUCAGCCUCUUCUCGCUCUGGGUGUCCACCCGCCCACCCACCGCCACCAUGACCUUCGGCUGGCACCGCUCGGAGACGCUGGGCGCGCUGGCCUCCGUGCUGUCCAUCUGGGUGGUGACUGCGGUGCUGCUCUACCUGGCGGCCGCCCGCAUCCUCAGCGCCGACUACGAGAUCGAGGCGCGCACCAUGCUGGCCACCUCCGCCUGCGCCGUGGGUGCCAACCUGGUCAUGGCCUACGUCCUGCACCAGGGCCACGGGCACGGCGUGGGGGGCUAUGAGCAGCUGGAGGGGGGCUGCCUGCCCAGUGCCCCCCUGCCUGGCAGCACCAGCGUCCGUGCCGCCUUCGUGCAUGUGGUGGGGGACCUGCUGCAGAGUGUUGGCGUCCUGCUGGCCGCCACCAUCAUCUACUUCAAGCCCCAGUGCAAGAUCGCAGACCCCAUCAGCACCCUCUUCUUCUCUGUCUUCGUCCUGGGCUCCACCGUCACCAUCCUCAGGGACGUCUUCAGGGUUCUCAUGGAAGGAGCCCCACGGGGAAUGGCAGUGACUGCAGUGACAGAGGAGCUGCUGGCGGUCAGCGGGGUGAGAGCCAUCCAUGACCUACACGUGUGGGCGCUGACGCCGAGCCACCCCCUGGUAUCAGUGCACGUGGCUGUAGAUGCCACCGCUGACCCUGAGACGGUGCUGCAGGAUGCCACGGGGCGGCUGCAGCAGAAGUUUGGCUUUGCUGCGUGCACGGUGCAGGUGGAACGGUACCUAGAGGCAGCAGGGGGCUGCCCACAUGGCCACAGCCCUCUGGCAUGAGCCCCCCACCUGCUGUGGGGCUGUGGCAGUGCCUGGGGGCCACAGCUGCACCCUCCCCCCACUGCUGCCCCUGCUGUGGGGCAGGGAGCAGGGCAGCGGGGAGCUGGAGCUUGGCCCAUUCCUCUCUUUGUGUGUCAGUGUCUGUGUCUGUCUGUGUUCGUCCUGUCGUGCGGGGCUGCAGCCCCAAUAAAGGUGUUGGAGAGCAGCCGAGGGCUCAGCACAGGGGAACUCCAAUGACACC